AUGUCGGCUCGCUCGGGAAUGGAAGGGUUUUGCAAAGUGUGCCUCCACGCAAACAACGAACACUACACUGCGCCCUGCCCUGCGACUGGCUGCCUGAACAGAUGGAAGGAAUGCACCGCCAGCAACUGCUUCAGGGAGCGCCCCAAGAGUUCUAAGAGCGCUAAGGUGUGCUUUGGAUGCAAGGAUCACCCGGCGUGCAGGGAGAAUCUCGAUUUCAGCGGCGACCAGAUCGAUGUCCCGGAGAAGCAGAAUGAGGACUACGCCGCAACUGGAAAUGCGGGGGGUCAAGAUGACAAAGGAGACUGGACUCGCUGA